AUGGUGCUGGAAGCUGCAGGGGAUAACAGUGACAUUGCAUCAGGCAACUCAGUAGGACAAAAAAGUUAUGACCGCAAAGAAGGUGGAAGAAUUCUGGCUGGUUCAGACACAGUCAGCAAUGGUGUUAUAAUAGAUAUAGGAGAUUUAGAAGUUGAAGAAGAGGCUGAAGAAAAAGAAGAAAGAAACACUGUAGAAGGAGAUGGAGAAAAUGCUGAUGAACGCAACAAAAGUGCAGCAGAGGAUGGAGAUACUGUCCAUGCAGAUGAGACUAGUGAUGAUGAAAAAGCAAUACAUCAUUCUUCAGAGACUUUGAAAGGGCUUGAACUGAAUGGAGAACUGCGUGAUGGAACAUAUUCAAAUUCUUCUGUAAAGUCUAUGGAGGGGGAGACAUAUGAUGAUCAGCUGUUUAAAGUUUCAGAAGGCACUCAUAGAAAUCAAGUGAGUUCUUGUGCGAAGGAGGUUCCUGAUGGUGGUGUUUUAGGGUCAAAGGUCCACAAUUCCUUUGAUAGUGGGAUAAAGCAUGGGAAUAAGUCUGUCCGAACAAUCCAUGACAAUUCAACAAGCAUGACAUUGGGAAAUACUGACCUAUUUGUGCAGAAAAGGGCAGGACGUAGUAGUAAAAGGAACUCCAACAGAACCAGAAGAUCUGAGAAAAUGCAUAGCAGAUCAGGUGCAGCUGAAGUGGAUGGUUCAAGAGAGGCUUGUGAAGCUGUUUGUAGCAGCAAACUCGAAGGAUUGGCGCACAGAAUUGAAGAACUUGAAUCGGAGUUGAGAGAAGCAGCUGAGCUUGAGGUUGCACUUUAUUCAAUAGUUGCAGAACAUGGAAGUUCAAUACACAAGGUUCACACUCCAGCUCGCCGUCUUUCAAGGAUGUAUAUUCAUGCUUACAGGAACUGGUCUAAAGAAAAGAGGGCCAGUGCUGCAAGAAGUAUGGUUUCAGGACUAGUAUUGGUUGCCAAAGCAUGUGGAAAUGAUGUUGCAAGCUUUAAUUACCAUGCCACAAUGAUUGUAACCUCUAGCUUUAAUUACCAUGCCACGAUGACCUUCCUUUAUCUUCAUCAGAUGUCAAAUUCAGCAGCUGAUCUGGGAGGAAGCUUCUCAAUUAGCCUGUGGAAGAAGGCUUUCCAAGAUGCCUUUGAAAGGCUUUGUCCUGUUAGAGCAGCAGGCCAUGAAUGUGGGUGCUUGCCACUUCUGGCAAAAUUGGUCAUGGAACAAUGUGUGGUUUGGCUGGAUAUAGCUAUGUUCAAUACCAUUCUGCGUGAAUCACCUGAUGGCAUUCCAACUGAUCCUAUCUCUGAUCCAAUUAUUGGUUUCAAGGUUCUUCCAAUUUCACCUGGGAGUCUGAGCUUUGGUGUGGGUGUGCAGUUGAAAAAUUCUGCCAGUGUGUGGAUUUCAAUAUUUAGUUAUGUUGGCAAUUAUUUCUGGACUCACUAUUUCUUCACCGUUCUUGCAGCAUCCUCAGGGAAAUUUGAGUACUCUGCCCUCAAGACUGAACAUACCUUUAAGGACAGGAUCUGA